AUGGCAUUAUCAGGAGUAAAAAAAAGUCCAUUAAUAUCAGUACCAUUUCUUAAAAAACGAUUACGACGUAUUACAGCUAUCGGUUUACAUAAUUUAACUGUGAAUGAAUUUAAUUUUACCGUUCAUUUUACAUUACAUCGUAAUGAAAAAACAAUUGCGUUUUAUACAAGUGAAUUAGUUGAAAAUCAACGUAGUCCAGAAUGGUCUUAUUUAAAAUUUCCAACAAGUGUGCAAUGUUUACAAGAAUUUAUUAUGCGUGUAUGGAUAACAUCUUCGAAUCAUGCUCGUUUAUUUCUUGAAUAUGAUAUUCAUCUUGAUAAUUCUCUUAUACCCGAUGAUCAAAAAAAUACAGUCAAUAAAGAUAAUAAUACUCUUUGGUUAGAAAUGUUUGGCUAUCGUUUUACUGAUAAUGAUGAUGAGAAUAAUAGUGAAUUAAAUUAUGAUGAUAUAUUAUUUAAUGAUAAAAGAAAACGUAUUUCUUUGGCUAAAUCCUACAAUAGAUUAAGUAUAAUACGUAUGAUUAAUGUUAUUCAUGCAAUUCGUGGUGAAAAACAAUUAUCAACAGCAAAUCUUCAACGAUUACAAACAUUUUUUGAUGCAAAUGAAGAUUAUUUAUCAAAGAUAAAAGAACGUGAAACACGUCGAUUACGUAUUGAAAGUUUAAAAAAAUAUUUACAUUUUCAAACAUAUUUAUAUCAACAACGUUCAAUUGCCUAUGAACAAAAACAAAAAUUUCUUGAAGAAAGAAAAAAUCAAUUAAAUAAUAAUCUAUCACAAUUAUCGAAUCAACAAGAAGAAAUAAAAUCCUAUCAUAAUUAUUUAAAUCAAUCAAGAAUAAUUCUUCAUAAAUUAAUACAAAUAAUUACAUAUCGACAAAAAGAAAUUAUGAAUGAAAUGUAUUAUCAUAUUUAUCCAAUUCAAAAAGAAAAUCAAAAUGAAUAUUCAAUAGCUAAUAUUAAAUUACCACAAGCAGAUGAUAAAAUUUAUCAAUCAGCAUCAAAUCGAGAACGUGAUCAUGAAGUAGCAGCAGCUCUUGGAUAUUGUUCUCAUUUUAUUCUUAUUAUUUCACAAUUUAUUCAAUUACCAUUGAGAUUUCCUAUUGAUUAUCAUGGAGUAUCAGCAAUUAAAAUAUAUGAUUAUAGUUUAGAAACAAACGAAUAUCCUCUUUAUCCAACAUCCAAUCUCAGUGCUUUUCGAUAUGGUUUCUAUCUCCUCAAUCGAAAUAUUGGUCAAAUUAUGUAUCAUUGUCGAAUAGGUGAUCAUAAAACAGAUUUUCGAAAUACAUUGGAAAAUUUGAAACAAUUAAUCGAACAAUAUUUUAUUAAUUCAUCUAAUAAUAAUAUUCAGAUUCAACUUUAUCCAUCACUUCAAACAUCAAUAGAUGAAGAAUAUAUUGAAAAUAAACGGAAUUCCAGUGCUUCAAUUAAAAACUUCUCAUCUUUUUCAUCUACAUCAUCUCUUAUUGAGAAUGAUAGUUUCAAUCAAAAUGAUGAUAUGAAUUUAUUUCCACAAUUAAAUACCAUAAAACCUCGAUUAGCAAUGCAGAUUUCACAUCAAUUACAAUAUUAA